AUGCCCUCGCUUUCAAAACCACGGAAAAGACUGGGAUUAGUCGAGCCCGCAAAAAUAUCAGCUGACCUAUCCACUUUCAAGAUGGCGGACGUUUCCAUGAAGAAAGUAAAAGAUUUAAUGGCAAAGAAAGAUGCCAUUGAGAAGGAAAUUAAGGAGUUUCAAGAAGUGCUAGAUUCUGUAAGCCUAUCUUCGACUAUUUCUUUUUGCACUUGAUUUUCCUAAGACGUGAUAUAACCUUGUUUGUUUACUAUACAGCAAAAGGGAAUCGGGAUGCACGAAAAGUUGAUAGACGACGAAAAUUACCCUCGCUCAGAUAUUGAUGUUUAUACAGUCCGUGUUGCAAGAAAUCGGAUUAUCUGUAAGAAAUAUUUCAUUCCUUUAUGAAAGUUUUUUUCAUGGUUACAUGUAUAGCUGAACAUAUAAAUACAUGCAGACGUGAUCAUUUGUUGAAUGUUGAUAAAUUUUUUACAUAGAUUGCUGACUCAUGUUUCGAUUUCUUUGUUAUUUUUCCUGGUAACAUCAGGUCUUCAAAAUGAUCAUAAAGCAUUGAUGAAAGAAAUAGAACAGGGUAUCCAUGAAAUCCAUGCCAAAGCAAGAGAACAGAAGGAGAAGGAAAAAGAGGAUCAAGAUGAAAAGUCAAUGGAUGGUCUGUAUAUGUCAUCAAAAAUCUAUGUAACCUUUACAACUUUUGUUAAAUACGUAAAUUGGGCUUGUAUCAUCAUUAAAAACAACAUCACUGUCACACCAUUGUUAUUGUCAUCAUCAUCAUCAUCAUCACAUGCCUGCGGCACCAUCAUCAUCAUCAAAUCCAAAGACUUACCUUAUUACUUACCUUGUGUUUUUAGAUGUUACAUUGAGAUUAAAAGCUUUCCUCAGAGUAGAUUCAGUAGCAGAAGGUUCUCCAUCAUCACAAGCAGUAAGUGGAAUUUUUAUAGGGAAUUUCAGCUUUCUUUUGCCAGAUACUUGUUGCUUAUAAAUUACACUGGAAUUUAUUGGAAAGAGAAGGUCCACUGUGUACUCUUGUAAAUGACAAUCCAUGAUUCACACAUUCAAUUUUUGGAAUAUUUUUUAUUUAUGACUCAAGUGUCUUUACAUCUUCAAUAGCUUCAAUUUACUAAAAGAUUCACUAUUUUACAGGGCUUGAAAACUGGUGACCAGAUCUUAAGAUUUGGUUCCAUCACUAGUGAAAAUUCUCAAGGCCUUCAUGACAUCGCUUCUGUUGUGCAGCACAGUAAAGGGGUAAAAAUACAGAAUAUGCAAGUAAAAAACUUGUUUUUUUUAUCAUUUUAAGUUAUAAACUAGUUUUUAAUCCUUUAAUACUUCAUAUUUUUAUUUUUGCAUUGUACCAGUCACCAUUAAGCGUUAUUGUUGAAAGAGAGGGAAAAAGACAUACAUUAUCACUUACACCAAACACAUGGAAUGGCAGAGGACUCUUAGGG